AUGCGGCGAUUUUCUCUCAGAAAACACCGAGGCCGGGCGCUCCUGUCUGCGUGGAAGAGUCUGCAUUCCGCUCUGCGCAUUCGAGACCGGGCGGCAAGCGACACACAAGAUCUUUGCUCCUCGUCUUCCUCCUCAGAUGAUUUUUCCCCUGAGGACAACACCACGGAGCAGGCGCCCGCUGUGCUUCGACGCGCAGUGCCGCCGCUUCCGCUGCAUGCAAAGAACAUGCGGAAAUACCCGCCCGCGAGCUUUUCUGAAGGCCAAGAGCCGAACGGAGACUCAGAGAGGCCGAGGCAGGUCCAGGGACUCCUGUCUCCGACACCUGGGAAUAUGACUCUUGUUCGCCUGCAAUGCGCAGAAGCAAAGUUGUUGCGGAAGAGCCAAGAGGCGCUGGCACGGCUUCUGAGACGAAGCCAGGGAAGGAGAGAACUCGACGAGCGAGCGGCCGGGGAGACGGAGCACCAGAGGGAGAAAAUGAGGGGAAAGAAGGCAAAGGCUAGAAGCGAGGAGAUAAGUCGUGAAGAUGGGGGCGUGGAGUCUGAGCUGGAGGCGAAGAGCGAGAGGGAGGCUCGAGUCGCCGACACAAACGGGAGCGUCCAGGCGGCCCUUCCGACAAGGAAGAGCGACGAAGGGCGCUUAGAAGCAGUGCAUUGGACCAGAGGCGAGGAGGAGUCACGUGUACGUACAGAGGAGCUUCGCAGCUAUCUGCGCUAUGCCAUCUGCACGUUUCACCACCUCGAGUUGGAGACGCUGUUUUCUCUCUUUUGUCAGAAACACAUCGACUCCUUCUCAGCGCACCAGCUGCAGGAGCUGCAUGCUCUCCUGUUUUUUUCUCCCGCUGAGGAGUCGAGAGACCGAGGAGAGAACGGGGCAGCGCAGAGUCCCUUCUCGGACGGUGCAGAGCCCCAGCCGCAUGCAACCGACACAGAACAAACGGCAGCCUGCGAGGGGAAAGAAGACGCGCCAAACGAUCUACAAGAGCCAGCAGACGAGACGUCUGAAGACACGGAAGAGACGCUUGAAGAGAAGAACGAGAGGAAGAGGCGAGAGCGCAAGGCGGAGAAGAAAGCCAGCCGAAAUGCUUUCCUCUGUUCUCUCCUCAACGGCACGGCCAGAGCGGUCCCUCCGGCUCUUCGAGACAACCAAGUUUUGGCGCUUCUGCUCCACUACCUCCACACUGAGCACCCGCUUUUGCCUCAGAUGAAUCGCCUUCCGUCAAACAUCGAAAAAGGAAUCUCCCAGCCCGCACCGCAACUUUGGUGA